AGCGUCAGAGCAGCAGUCAGAAAGUAGGCCGUUCAAUCGGCUGACGUCGGUGCCACAUGUUCAAAUAGUGGCGCUAUGCCUGAUAGGAUCAGCUGUCGUGUGUUGUCUUACCUUUAUGCAGAUGUUUUCGUUCGCAGUUUGUUGUGAUGUGCCACAAAACGAAUUUAUAGUGAUUCGCAAUGGCACAUUGAGAUGCUACAGACUCUUGCAACUGUGAGAAGCGCUUCUCAAGGUUUUGCCCGUGGAUUAGAGUCAGAGGUUUGCAUCUGAAGUAACAUGCAUAUCACACGAUUGAGUCUGGGACGUCCAUCGUUUCGGCAGCACUUACGCCAGCUUUGCGCCACCUCCAGCCGUGAGAUAUGGACAGAAAAUUUCGAGCCUGUCGUUGGUUUGGAAGUGCACCUACAGAUUAAUUCGAGGAGCAAACUAUUUUCAAACGCUUCGACAUCUUUAGGCGGGGGUAUUAACCGACAGGUGUCUGCAUUUGACGCCGCUAUUCCAGGUACCCUUCCUGUACUAAAUCGACGUUGUGUAGAAGCUGCUGUACAAACGGCACUCGCACUGGAGUGCGCAGAACUGAACAACGUGUCCCGCUUUGACCGGAAACACUACUUCUACGCAGAUAUGCCGGCAGGAUUUCAGAUAACGCAACAAUUUCAUCCGAUCGCGCGGAAGGGGAAUUUGAAUUACUAUCAAAUGGAAAGUCCUGGCGCUUUGCCUGAGAAGAAGUCGUGCAAGAUCCUCCAGCUUCAGCUAGAGCAAGAUUCUGGCAGAAGUGUCCACGAUGCCGAAAACCGCGUAAGUCUAAUCGACCUCAACCGGGCAGGCGUCGGACUGCUCGAGGUUGUCUUCGCUCCAGACCUCAAAAGUGGCAAGGAAGCAGCUGAUUUAGUUAAAGAGCUUAUUGCUAUUGUGAAAGCAAUUGGAGUAUGCUCAGGGCGUAUGGAAGAUGGCGCUGUUCGAGUUGAUGCCAACAUUUCUGUGCAUCAGCCUGGAACUCCUUUAGGAACUCGGACCGAAGUUAAGAACCUCAAUUCAUUACGAGCAGUCUCACGUGCCAUUGACCUUGAGAUUAGGCGGCAAAUGUUUUUUGUCAAAAGAGGCUUGAAAAUUCAAAAUGUUACUCUUAGCUUUGACAGUGAAACAGUGUCCACGGUAGUCAUGCGAGACAAGGAAAUUGUUCAGGAUUACCGCUUCUUCCCCGAACCAAACAUACCUAGCCUUAACUUGCAACAGGCUGGCAUUUGCAUCGAAUCGCUCCGUCAUUCAUUACCAUCGUUGCCUCAUGAGCUCCGCAAGCGCCUGAUGGAUACAUACGGGCUGGAUUUCUGGAAGUGUGUGGUUAUUGUUCGGGAGCCUGGCAUGUACGAAUUCUUUACACAAGCAAUGAACUACUUAUCUAUUGAAUAUGCAAAGCAAGCAAGCAACAUAUUGCUGAUUGACAUUAUCGGCUACAUGAAUAAACAUUCGAUGGAAUUCGAGGACGUCCACAUUUCGCCUAAACAGUUUGCAGACCUCAUCCGAAUGGUUGGAGAGCGACGUCUACCUAUCAAGAAGUGUUUGGAAGUGCUACAGGAGGUCAUUGAAAGUAGCCGAGACCCAGAAGAAAUUGUCGAGCUAAACAACUGGUGGAUGAUUAAAGAUGAAAAUUUGCUGGGAGCACUUUGCGAAGAAGCCAUAAGGCUUUAUCCGAAACACGCUCGUAAAGCUCAGGUGGGGAAGCAGGACGUCCUGAAACCUCUUAUGUCGCACAUUCAAAUAGCUACGCAGGGCCGUGCAGAUAUGAAGCUUGCGAAACGGAUUAUGCUUGAAAAAAUCCAACGACCAGAGAUGGCUCUUCGCGAAGAGGUCAACGCCGGGAGAUAGUGCAGAAAGUACUUUUUUCGUAUUACGCUUCAUGUGUAAAUUUAGUCGUGUAGUAGUAUUUGGAAUAAAAACGGUACAAAAUGACAGCUUGAUGAAUCCUUAUGACUUAAAAAAAUUGUUUGGCUGUAGUUCUUAAAAAUAGUUUUCAUGGUUGUUUUACCUGAGCUCUAAUCAUGUCAGCUAUUACGGUGCCUCAGAAGAGACAAUUUAAAACGAUUAAAUAUGCAUAAACGACAAUAAUUGAUACCAAGAAUAGAUACAUGACUUCGUAGAAAUAUGCACCUUAUAUCAAUCAAAACUUCUAAAGCCUUUGACCAUACGGACUCGUAAAACUAAGAAUGCUUGAAUAUACGAGAAUUCACUGCGAAACGUAUUACUAAUAAGAGAUAUAUAACUGUAGUGUAAGCAGAAGUCUAGGAGUAAUAAGCUUGUAUACCGGUUAUUUUUCGUAUCCUGGUGUUAUAGUUUGAAAUGGGCAAAUAUGCAAACAGAAUUAUGUAUGAAACAAAGUAGCUUUACAACGAUGUAAAUUAAGGCUACAGCAUCUAAAAGUAAUCGUAACUCCGUUGUCGUAACAUAUCUAACCAUACAUUUCUAAUAUAAACGCAAAUGUUGAUAUUUUGAUCUAACACUAUGCUUAAUAUUUCAAUCUAAUGAAACGUUGGAGAUGACUGAUGGAAGAUAACAAUAGAAGCAUUGCGAAAGAUUGUAGUCGAAUUAGGAACUUUCUGAGGUGGUUAUUUACUGAUUCGUAUUCACGGAGAACGUAUGCUAUCUUUUACAUAUUUAAAGAAUCACCUGUCUACCCUCUUGUGGCUAAGUGCAAGGCGUACUCUUCGAGAAAUAACUGUUGGACGGAUUACCCUGUUUGUAUCACACCAUAUUUUCUAGUCGGAUGUAUAGUUUGGAGCCUGUACUAAGGCCUAAGUAAGGAUACAAAGAGUCGAUUUAGGAAAUGGUCAACAAAAAAGUAUUUUUUAAAUACUAGACAUGCACAUUUUGUAUUUCCUGUCAGCAUGAUAAGAAGCUUGCUCUUACCCUCUAGAAGGUUUUCCUAACAUUCGACUAGAACUGAACUGACGAUGCUUUCGCGUACCAGUGGUGCUUUGCAGACUGAACUGGAUACACAAAAUUGAAUUCAAUUCGCUAUGCAUCAUCGUUACGCGAACCUUGGUUUAUAUGAGGCUAUUACAAGCGGCUCCGGCGUUCAAAAUUAAUUGAGCACGCAAAAAUUAGGUGGUAAAUACGUUUUCUUGUGAGUGCAAACAGGUUGAGUGUACUUCAUAGAAAAUUAGUUUAGAGGGAAAAAAUCUCGAAUGAACUCUCGAAAAUAAACGCUCAGUGGUCGACUGAAUGAUCCUCAAAGGACACAGCGCUGCAACAAUUAUCCGAAAGGUAAAAAACAUCAAACAAACGUACAAUGAUAUAAACUUUUCAGGAACGCACCCUGGAGUAUUGAAAACCAGCGAAGGGUGACUAGGCUCGAAGCAGAAGGAAGCGUUACCGCAAUCGAGGAGACUAUUCACCAAAGUUGAUCUUUAAGUGUGAGAGUUCUGUGAAGUGAAAUUUUAAAUGACAUUUCACAUGAAAUAACUUAGCAGGAUUACAAACCCAUAGACAGAAAACUUAGUAAAAAAUACUUCCCCCGUUAGCCAGUCGGAAAUGCGUAGGAUAUAUUCCAUGUGCAAUUUACAGAGCGUUAGUCAACAGAAAACUGACCUAGAUCAUAUGGUCACCAUAUAUGAGGUGAGGUUCAAUCUCUACCGCCAGCAGAAGAUAAAUUCAACGAGAGAGUGGCAUCAUCCUAGUAAGAUUGAGUUCGGUGGUAAUGUUUAGUAGGCUCAGAAGAACAGUAAUGGUAGUACUUGCAAUGGGCGUACAACAAGGGCACCUGAUACUGUGAGAUAUUUGCCGAAAAUUUAUGAGGCAAUGGAUCUAGCAUGUUACCUCGAAUUCCUCAAAGAGCUCACGGAAUUGGCACCACAAUCAAAACUACUAAAUUUUUUUACUUGAUGCCAACACCAGCUUUCAUAGCCAUAUCUUAGUUACACAUAUAGAUUCCAAUCGCUUAUUCUCCCGAUCUAGAUCACUGAAUACGAAGCUUUCCAUGGUGCAAAAUGGGAAACUGGUGGAUUUAGUUCGAGAAGCCAUAGAAAAACUUCAUACGGGAACACGGAUAAUAGGUAUGUGACUCCUCAUAGCGCUGCCAUAGCGCUACAGCAAGCGUGUUUAAAAAAUAACAAAGACACCUCUGGAACUUCA